CAAAAUAACACAUAAGUUGUAGGUGGUGCGUGCUAUAAAAUUAUACGAAUCAAUGAACAUCAAUGAGAUAAAGAUUUCGUGGAUUAAGUUCAAAAACACAUGAGCAUUAAAAGAAAAUAAUUGUUUCUAGGUAUGUAGCUACCUAUCAAAUCAGAUUCCCGUACUGUGGCUGAAAAUAGAACAAUCAACAUUUUUAAAUUUUGGUGUUUAAAUACAUACUUUUAUAAAUACUUUACAUUAAUUUUACUUCGGUUAUAAGCAAAGCAACUAAGUAUUCGGCAAAUAAUACCUCCAUGUUAAUUGAAUUCAAUUUAUUUAAUAACCUGCUACUUGUGAUAUAAACUGAAAGAUGGAUAAGCGCGGGUAUAUAAUAUUAUGAUAUUGUACUUUUACGUUAAAUUGUGUAUAUGCAAAAACGGGCAAUAAUAAGAGGCAUUAUUUGAAAUCUGCACCAAGUAGUUAAGCAGAUUUAACAAUAAUAGACAUUCAAAAAAAGAAACAUCUUUUUGUGAACGGCGUCGGCGGCAGAAAUAUGUAUAUACUGGAUAACUUUCGACUUUAGAAAAUCUUUUUGAAUAAAUAAAUUGUAAUACACUUUUUUUGUGGAACAAUAAACAAAAAAGGCAAAUACUCAAAACAGAUAAGUCAAUAAAAGCAAAAAUAGACGCAAAGUGGUGAUUUUUAGGGUUGCAAAUUCUUAUUUAUAUUUAAAAAAAAAACCUAAAAUCAAACUUUUCUUGACGGGAAGCUUGAAAAAAGCAUAACAAUAUCGACAAUGGCAAUUAAGGAUAUACUCCACCAAUGUCGGCCUGUGCAACUUUAUGUGGUUUUAUUUUUAUCAAUUUGCUACUUCAGUCUUCAGAUGGUUUUGAGUCAUAUGACGCAUGGCCUUACCUUACUCAUGUCGUCGUAUCAUAUGCUGUGCAACAUAUUUGCAUUAACUGGAUGCCUAAUAACGAUGAAGCAAAGUCACUGUACAGCCUUGGACGAGAACAUGGAUUACGCGCUUGCAAGAAAUUCAAACUUGGCAGCUAAAAACGAUCAAGACAAAUUUACAUGUGUGGAUCUUAGUGUUGAGGAAAAAUCUUUACGCAAUAUUGAAAUCCGAGAAAGAAAACUUCGAAACACAUUUGGCUGGACUAGAAUAGAUAUCCUAACAAUGUUGAUAGUGUGUAUCUUCUUGGCUUCCCUCUCAUUUUCACUGUUGGUAGAAGCUCUUCAGACCUUAAUUCACAUUGACCACCAAGAUACAAUGCAUCUACCGGUUCCUGUUAUGAUUUUGGGAUUCAUGGGUCUUAUAUUGAAUGGAAUUUGUUAUCUAUUUAUUGGAGGAUAUACUACCCGCCAAGGUAACUUCUUGCACAUGACCUCUAAUGGUGAUGUUAUCCUAGAUAGUAAAAAAGGAAACGACGAAGGAGAGCAAACUGAAUGUGGUAUCCCAACUUUAUCUGUUGCAAAUAACAUGGAAGAGAAUAACCCAAGUUUUAGGAAGGAAAAACAAAGCUUAGUUCAAAUGUUCCGCGACAUAUCCAGUACAAUGUUCGUAAUAUUGUGCGCUGUAAUAAUUUAUAUGUCAAAAGAUGACCAUACUGCUAAAUUCAUCGACCCCAUUUUAUCCAUAUUUUCUUGUGUGGUGCUUGCAACGCUCAGCUAUCCUUACAUGAAAGAAUCGUGCCUAAUUUUACUUCAGACAAUACCAGCAUCCAUCGAUAUAGACAUCUUUGAGAAAAAUUUGGAAACAAAAUUUCCUGAGAUCAUCAGUUAUCAUGACCUCCACAUAUGGCAAUUGACUUCAAAUAAAUUCGUAUCAACAGUUCACAUAAAAUUCAAGAGUCAACAGCUUUACACUAAAAUAAUUGACGACGUGAGAAAUUUUUUUAUAGAACAAGGCAUAACAAUUGUUACGAUACAACCUGAAUUUCAAGAUAUAAUACUACCAAGUUCAAUAGAAUGCUUAGUACAAUGCAACGCAAUUGAUUGUGUUGAGAAAGUUUGUUGCCAGCAGUCAAGGAACGAUCUUCGUGAAAUAAUAUUACCAAGUAAUCAAGUAGAAAAACAACAAGAAAUUAAACUAAAAAACCUUUCAAGCACUGGUAGCAUGGCAGAAAGAUCACAGUCGGCAAAUAAUAUUGCCUGCUGUAACUCAACUGAUGUUUCCCGAAAUAUAAUUUAUAAACACAAUUCAACUGAUCGAACAAACAAUAAGAACUUAAUCACAACCGUGAUGUCCUCAUCUCCUAAUAUUAAUUUUUGAAUUUAGAUUCUUAAAUUAUGUGUAUAUAUAAGAUGUAGAAUAAAAAAUAAAAGUAUAAGUUUAUAGAUUUAUUAAUAAAUGACACGA